AUGUACCCUGUGAGUACCACAUGAGUUAAUUAUCUGUUUUGUUUUGCCAGAUAAAUGGACGGAACGUGGGACCUAGUGAGGCCAUGGAGGCCCUCCGCCGGACAGAGGAUCCUGUCGCAGUUGAGAUCGUCCGACGAUGCGGCCGCAAUACCGACGAACCAUCUGCUGCGGCCGCUGCCGCGCUGUACCUCCCCGGCGACUGCAGCAUACUGAUCGGUGGCAGCGGUGGCCUCUGCACCACCUCGGGCAGUGAACUCAGCUGUUGCUGCACCUGUCCGCCCGCUCGACAUUCCUCCAGAUCUGUUGGCGUACAGACCGCACUCAGCGCCACGGAAAUGAUAGCGUCGGCGGCCAUACUUGCAGCAUCGAGGGCGGCUGAGGAGGCUCGCAUUGCUCUCGGUAUCCCAGUAAUUGGUGGAUACCAUCACAGUCCCUUGUCGUUCCGGUGCGUGCCUAUUGAGUUUCUAAGUUGUACAGUGCGUGACCGAUCUCACGAGAUGCUGGCCGAAAUUCUGAAAUGUUCCUUCCAUUAGGAAGGAUUACUUAGGUGGAUAUGUAAUACUGACAGUCUUGCGGCAUAAUCCUAUAACAUUUCAGACUCAGCAGGAUGUCGACUUUUGAAUGCACUUAUUUUCGACCUCCUGUAGAAGCCGUACUCGGUAAAGAGCGACUGCUUAAUUCGCAUGUAUUUUUCGCAUUGAUUUUCGCUAGUUUUAUAAAUUCAAAUACAAUUCACGCAAAACGUAGACAGGAAAUUCUUUCUUUUACUCAUUUUAUUGAGAACCAUGUCAUCUUUUUAUCGUAUACCCGAAGAAGGAAUGUAAUUAGAUUUUUAAAAAGUUUCUAAUCAUGAGAUUAUUUAAGACCGUGCAGUGUUCAUGCACACAACAUCGUACCUAUCCGGUUGCCACUGCUCCGCGUGAAAUGCACAACACAGUCGGCAUCCAUUGCAAAAUUUUGAGGAUUCUAUCUGGCCUAAUUAUACUACUUAUUCAAUUAUAUGAUAUAAACAUGACGUAAUUUUCAACGAAAUGAGUAAAAGGAAGCAUUUCCUGUCUAUGUUUUGUAUGAAUUAUAUUUGAAUUUUUAAAACCAUCGAAAAUCAAUGCGAAAAAUACAUGCUAUUUAAGUAAUCGCUCUUUAGCGAGUACGGCUUCUACAGGAGGUCGACAAUAAGUGCAUUCAAAAGUCGACAUAUUUUGACUCUAAAUCUGAACGCAAGACUGUCAGUAUUACAAAUCCACCUAUGUAAUCCUUCCUAAUCGAAAACGCAUUUCAGGAUUUCGGCCAGCAUCUCAUGAGAUCGGUCACGCAGUGUAUGUUCCUGCCCACAUUGUCGCUUACAGACGGAUAAAGUAUUGGCGAAAUGAACAUGUCAAGAAUGAUUUGAGGCCAGAUUACAUGCCUCCAAGCUAAAAAAUACACACGCAUGCGAUAGACUAACGCCCGCAGAUCCAAUUAGGGGACACACUCCUCUAACUGUGCCUUGGGUCUCAAUCUAAAACCCUUUCAGGCAUUUUUGUAGCGACCUGUGGUGCAUGCAAAUACUCAAAUCACGAACCAAUGAUAGGUCGUUGGACUUCCUAGAGAUCUGCAAUUUGAGCCACAGAUGUCCCGAACCUAGGGGGGCAAGGCAGGCUAAUGACGGUCAAUAAGUCACAAAUGGCCAUCCCGUUCUCCCUCUGCGUACGUUAUUAAUCGCAGUGUGACCGCUUACGCGACUCUAGAUCAACGGCCAAAGCAAAACCAGCAACCUGAUGGAUGAAUGCCCCUACCGUGGUUCCUAUGCUCGGUCGCAGCCAACAGGACAAGGAACCCUCUGACUCAAUAGUUAGACAUUCAAAUUCACGGAGUCACAGCCUCAGGGGUUGGAAAGUCUAGAGAUGAGUCAGGCUGACUAUCGAUGGCUGAUAAACCAAAAAUGGCCGUCUUAGUCUUCCUUGUUUUUGCCCGCAUGAUCCUGCACGUACUACUAGUCGCUAUUAGUAGUUGCCCUGUAUAUAUAUAAGGCCUGUGACGCACUAGUGAACGGUAAAGACCGUGAAACAACUACCUGCCUCUGUCCUGUUGCAGUCUAGGAGAGCUGAUUACGUCGAGCCCGUGGCUGAGUGGUUAGAGGCGUUGGACUUCUAACUAACAGGUCGCCGGAUCGAACCCCAGGUGUUCCACACUUCGGAGUUGAGUAUGACUGGUUGACGACGACUGAUAAGCCAGAAAUAGCCAUUCCAGCCUCCCUUAACUCUGUGACUGUAAAUCGACUAUUUAUUUAAUCAAAACUUUGGUCGACUUCGGCCUGGUGCUCGGUUGCCUGUUCGUGACCUCUACCACCCAUAGGAAGCAUGUUUGCUUCGUGAAGCCAAUAGAUCGGUGUGCGUCCAUUCCCGAUUGAAUAUAGAUAUAUAUAUAUAUAUAUGUUAAUGCAAAUUUUCUACUUCCUCCUUUUUCCUACAGUCGUGAUUACGGCGUAUUUGGACCUGUUUUUCACUGCCACGUUUUGUGGCCAACGGAAGGAUCUUCAUUGAAAUGGAAAAUACACCUAGUUGAUCGCUCUGCGGUAAAUGGAGAGACAGACCGGUCGACAAGUUAUCCGCUCUAUUGCGCGGUACGGGGCCGAGAUUAACUCGAGUCCGCUGGCAUAGAAAGCGAAUCCAACCGGCGGCCUGCCAGCCGCACGAAGCACCCACCCACUGAUGCGCCCAGGAAGUUGGACUCUAUUCAAAUCUGUAGAGGUGAUUAAUCAGUUCGCCUGAUGACAGGGGGGGCGACGGACGCGCUGAUUCUGGUGCAGCUACAAGGACCGGGCUGCAGGCAAAGAUUACGUGAGCACAUAGAAAGAAAGAAGCAGACAAUCAGCAGCAGACAGACACCCGAAAGUUCGUGCGUCGGGCGAGGGGGGCCAGUAGAAACAACCAAAUCAUGUAAUUAUUUACCAUACUGACAACACAGGCACGCGUGUUUCGCCGAUCAUUUGCAGCCACCUGACGCAUCUGUGAGGGGUUCGGCCCAUCAGUGUGUCCCCAGCCUGCCAGACUGAGUGCAAUUCCUGAAAAAUCACUUAUGUUGGCGAAACUCACAAACAAACCCAGGCGAAAGUACACUGGACCCAACGGGACUAGUGAGUUCCUUAACACGGUCAGUGAGAGUCUCUCUACCAUUGCAUACUUCCCAGCGCAACCGACAGGACAAAGAGCCCGCAGCUCAUUGGAUAGAGGCGUUGGGCUCCUAACCAACAGGUAACGGGAUUGGGCCCUAGGUGUUCCACACCUCGGGGUUGGGUGUGACUGGCUGGCGACGCUAAUAAGCCAGAAAUGGCGAUUCCAGUCUCCCUUGUCUUUGUCGGUAAUAUCCUUCUGCCAAUAUAUAUAUAUAUAUAUGUCAGCGGCUAAUUUCCGGGGAAAUGAGAAAGCAACAAUUUCUAGACUGGAGUAUCUACCAGGAAGCCCACGGGUAUGCUGGGGGACCUAUUGAUGAGUCGAACCCCUCUUUGCUGCAAAAUAUGUGCAAAAAACGUGUCUGAGCCUUUAGCUAGUACCUGUGCUGUUAGCAUGGUAUCCUGCAACCCAAUGUGUGCAAAUUUUAUACAGCCUGAGAUUAACAUCCCGCCUCUCAACUGAUAUUGGCUUUGCAAAGGGUAAGUUGGAAGUAGACCUACCAAUUUCUUCACAAGCGCCACAACCAUGUGCUUAUUAAUUAGAUCUAUCGAACCCUGACGGUCGUCAGUCAUCAGAUGUGGACUAUCACAACCCCGCCUCCUGCCUGUCAGAUAAGUCCUGCGGUGUUAGCAACACGACUCUGCAGGUACACCAUCGGUCUUGUCUACAUGGGCGAUGCUGUUCCCACACCUACAGUGUUAUCGGUACCAUCCCAUUCACGUUCGUCACCCCCAUGAGAGGGACGGAUGGGGGCUUCCGCUGUCUACUUUGGUGAAGCUCGGCGGUGGGGUCUGGUGGGGUUGUAGGACGUGGGUGGCCGAAAGGUGUUUUUUUGCCCGGCAUUAUUCCCACCUCCCAUUUAGGCCUUCGGCAUCCCUCACGUUGCGCAAAGAUUUUGCCCGCACAUGAGUUAUGCGUCGUCAGUGACAAAAAGGGACCCGGCCCUGUCAAAGCGUCCCACAGGCAGAAUUGGGUAGACCGUAUUUUUGCGGCUGAAACUUAGCCAAGGUCAUUGUCUACGCCUAUUUUCGACUAAUUACCGGGGGUGUGAAAUUUUCUGUUCCAGACAUGGCCCCUCCGACAAUGAAAGUCUCCCUUGUUCUGAAACGACUACUCCCACGGUGGUCCCUUUCCAUUUCUGCACUGAAAAGUUCAUUUUCACUCCAGUCAACAUAGUGCGCCUUAAAAAUGUUUAACACCCUGUCAUCUGACUGCGACCCAUGCGUUUUGCCCCAAUUGUGCUCGAACGUUUGCCACCGAUGAUGCUCGCUGAAAGCUCUCUCCUUGGUUUAUAGUCCCUAAUCUGCGCCGCUCUCUAACAAGGUCAAAGAAGUCACCUGGUGAAAAAGGGUGUCGAAUAUACAGUAGGUUGGCUAACUCAUGAAAUGUCAACCGAAAUUCUGAAUUGUGUCUUCGUUUAGGAAGCAUUAUUUAAGUAGGGUUUUAAAAUUAAUCAUCAUGCAGCAUAAUUCUGUAAUACAUCAGUUACCUUAGGAUGUCGGCUUUCGAAUGAGCUUAUUUCUGGCUGCAGGCAAAGACUACACUCUGCAAAAAUGACUGCUUAAGUUGCGUGUAAUUUUCUCAUUGAUUUUCAACGCCGAUGAAAAUUCGGUUAUUCUUCAUGGAAAACAUGCAUGAAAAUAUUCAUUCUUUCAUUGUCUCGGUACUAAAUUGCGUCUUCAUCCGAUUUUGUUCUCAAAAGAAGAGUUUAAUUCGGUCUUAAAAGACUUUCGUAAUUUCCGAAUAAUUUUGAACCCGACCUGCUGUUACACUUGCAUUCAGGGUUUAAAAACUGCAAGCCGUGUAUUUUCUGUGUACGAAAAAUCAUGCAUUUCUCUACGGUAUUAAGAGGAGACCAUAUGGAGUUCAUAAAAUUAAGCAGUGGAUUUGAGCAAUAUUGUUGCCUUUACAAGCCACAUUCGUAAAUACAGAUACAUGAGAUUUUACGAACGGCCAUUUCAUGAUAUUAAAAAAUCUCACAAUUAGAAACUUUUUAAAACUGAAUUAUACCCUUCCUUCGAGUAUAAAAUUGGAGGAAGACAUGAUUUUCUACCGAAUAAGUAAAAGAAUGAAUUUUGUUAUGCAUUGUUUAUGAAAUAUAAUUGAAUUUUCAAGGCCGGCGAGAAUCAAUGAGAUAAUUGCAUGCUACUUAAGUAGUCAAUUUUGCAAUGUAUAGUUCUUGCAUGCAGUCGGAAAUAAGUUCAUUCGAAAGCCGACACCCUGAGGUCACUGUAUCAUUAUAGAAUUAUGUUGCAUGAUGAUGAAUUUUAGGACCAUAAUUAAUUAAUCUGUUCGAAACGAGAACGCAUUUAGAAAUUUCGGCUGACAUUUCAUGAGUUAACCGACCUACUGUAUGUAGGUGCAGCCCCUUUAACCCUAUUUUUCCCCGAGUCUUUCCCUCUUCUAACGGAGGAGUCCCGCACAGCCAGUGAUGGAUGCUGCGGAAUUCACUGCCCUCCUGUACCUCCUAGUCGUAAGCAUGCUUUCUGCUAAGCCGGUAAGCAGGUGUCCGUCAGGAUAAAAUUUGGCGGUGUAAUGUCCUUCUGUCGCAUUUAACCGGUUCCUUCUUCGUUUGCCUUUCUCUCAGAAUAGAGUUCGUGGCCAUGAGCUCCGACUCACGUCCAGACAGGUGCCAGUGCUUGGCGCACAUUCCUGCAGGUUUUUCUGUACAUUUGGGGUCUUUAUUUCGCAACAAUUAAUGCGCUCCAAAAUAUAGCAAAAAUGUAGGAAAGUGGGUGCAAGCUUGCAAGACGGAAAGAAAUCUACAUUAGGCGUUAAAAUUUAUGAAUUACUGACCAACACUUCCGAAAAAGCCUUCAAAUUGAAGAUUUAGUAUGAGCGAGGUUUCAGCACUACAUAGCCUCGAAUGGUUCUCACAUUACUGCAGGUGUGCUAACUCAUGAAAUGUUAACCGAAAUUCUGAAUUGUGUCUUCGUUUCGGAAGCAUUAUUUAAGUAGGGUUUUAAAAUUAAUCAUCAUGCAGCAUGAUUCUAUAAUACAUCAGUUACCUCAGGAUGCCGACUUUUGAACGAAAAAAUGACUACUUUAGCAGCAUGAAUUUUUAUCAUUGAUUUGAUGCCCUUUUACAUUCAAAUAUAUUUCGUGGGAAACACGCAUAAAAUAUUCAUUCUUUCACUCGUUCGGUAGAAAUCUACGUCUCCUUCAAAUUGUAUACUCGAAGGAAGGGGGCAAUUCGGUUUUCAAAAACUCCUCCAAUUCUCAAAUAAUUUUGAACCCAACCUUCCGUUCCACUUGCAUUCAGGGUUUAUAAACUACAAUCCAUAUAUUUUCUGCGUUUGGAAAACCAUACAUUUCUGGACGGUGUUACGAGGAGACCAUAUGGGGUUCAUGAAAUUUCUCAGUCAAUUUGAGCCAUAUUGUAAGCUUUGUAAGUAACAUUAGUGAGUGCGGAUGCCCGAUGUUUUGUGAAGGGGCAUCUCACGGUAUAAAAAGCCUGGCUAGAUCGCAGAUGGUAACCCGGACCCGCAUUACAGGUGUCUGGGGGGGUUGUUUACUGGGGUUAUUUUGUGAACCUCCAUAGUCAGAUCGGACACAUUUGGCUUCCGUUUUACGUUUGAGGUUAGGAUUAGGGUACCGGUUAAUGAUUUCCGAUUUUCCCGUUACGGUUAUGCCUUUAGGCUUCGGUUUUCGGGUUAUGCUUAGGGUUUGAGCGUACGAAUAGGUUUCAGUAUUACGGUUAGGCUUCUCAGUUACGGUUAUGUCUAAGGGCUACGGUUAUGUUAACGAUUUCGGCUAGGGUUAGGGUUGAAGUUAGGGUUAACGGUUGACGGUAACGAUUGAGUUUAGGGUUAGGGUUAAGGUUGGGAUUAGGGUUAAGGUCGCCGUCCGCUUCCCAUUCCGGGCUACCAACUGCGAUCUAGCCAAAAAUCUUAUAAUCAAAAAGUUUUACAAACCGAUUUAUACACUCCCUUCGAGAAUGCAAUUGGAAGAGAGCGUAAUUUUCUAACGAAUGGGCAAGAGAAUUAAUAUUUUUAUGCCUGCCUUCCAUGAGAUAUAAUUGAAUUUUUAGGGGCAUCGAAAAUCAAUGAGAAACAGUCAUGCUGCAUAAGCAAUCAUUUUUUACAGAUUGUGGUUUUUGCAUGCGGCCGGAAAGAUGUUCAUUCGAAAGUCAGCAUCCCUGGGUAACUGAAGUAGCAUGCAAUUAUGCAGUAUGAUAGUUUUAAAACCCUAUUUGAAUAAUCUUUUCGAGUUAGAGACGCAGUUCGGAACUUCGGUUAACAUUUCAUGAGUUAGCGCACCUACUGUACACUGUAUACGAGCUUUCGCCGAUCAAUUUUCUACCCAACUUCCUUAAUUACGUUCACAAAGAAAAAAAUAAUUACCUAAGCAAUUAAUAGUUCACCGAAGGUAUACUGAGGGUCAACACUAACUUUCGGUCGCAGGAAAAGUUAGGGCAUCGACGUGGUAUUUCGUACUACUCAAUAUCUGCAGUUUACACUACUACUAUUACUGCUUCGUACACCACUAUCAGCUCGAAAAACGCCUUCAGUGCCAACCCCCUUAGACAGACUAGGGCUGGAGACGCUAGCGUCUAGGGGAAAACAAAAGGCCCUCUUCUGACAAAAAUAUCGGCCGAAUUCCGUUCAUGUUCCUAUACGAAGUAGAACUUGCUCACUUUCGAACGUUCAUCGUGCUUGGGUCGUCUGCUAUCAUGACGUUUUCUUCAAUAAUGAAUAUUUCACUAGGGAAAUUCUACUCUUUUUGUGAACGUCACUGCCUGGUGAUGACUUGAGCUGUUGGCCGGGGUCAGCUGCGCUUUAGUGUCGUUGCUUUGUUUGAUGGCUCUCCAAAGAGAGACUUGUUGUGCCUGAUCGAGGAACUUCAAACACCUGUGUUCUAAACAUGUAGGUUUUGCCAGCCCGAUUUGUUGAAAGAUGCAGACCGGGUUCAGUCGGGGUUAUCUUGUUUAUCUUUUAUUUACGAGGUACUGACGCACUCGGAGGGCAUUUUAAUCUCUUCAGACAGAGCCUGAUGAAUGUGGUUGAGCACGAUGCCCACUCAUGACAAAGCGCUUAUUCCUCGAGAAUAACUGUCAGUCAUGGAGGUUCAGUCUGCAUCAUAUCCUCUCUUCAUCUUCCCUCUAUUCCGCCCCUAGGGGUCCAGUAAUUGAUGGUCAGUUGGCCAAAGAGGUUGGGGAGAUUGAUGAAGGAGACGGUGAGGAUGAUGAUGGUGACGAGGAAGUGGAAGAGGAGGGAGCUGGAGAUGAAGAUGACGAAGAGGAAGUUCUGUUUGGAGAUCCGACUUUCCUCAAUCGCUGCCGCCCUCCGGUGGACCCCUUGUCAGAAGAUGUCAACCCAAUCGAGUCCACCUACGCCAACUUUCCCGACUUUCCAGAACGUACCACCGGUUUGGGCAACUCCUGUGACACUCAGGACAGCCAGCCGCCCGAACUCUCCGAGAUCCUAGGGGGCGCACCUCUGGAGUGGACCUAUUUUGUAAGUGUCGCUAAUGCUACUCAUCUGUCUGUAAACCGUAUUGUCAAUCAAAUCUCCUGCAUGCUUGCUACGACUUAUUUGGCAAAAACAUCCUUCCCACCGCUGCCGAUAUAA